CCUUCUCACCUUGGUCUUACAGUGGAAUUGAUUUGAGAUAUUGUGUUUUCUCUUGUACAGAAGGAGAGCAGAGUAAGAUAAAAGAGUUGGAGAAAGAUAAGAGGGUGAAGACAUCUAUGGAAUAUUACUGGAAACCGAUUGGAGUUUACUCAGAAAAAGAUGCUUUGCUUGCUGGUUCCACUAUUAGUUUUCCUGUCAUGUACAUAGGACAAGCAUACGUUCAUCCUAAUGUUUUCGAUGUUGGUUUUGCAACUAAGGAUUCCACAUAUGUCCAAUCUGGGGAUAGGCAAAUUGCUGGAGUCCUUCUAUAUUUCAAUGUUUUCUGCACAACAACUCCUGAUAAAUUCGAAUGGGUCAAUACUACCACUACGACGUUUGAUGGACUGAAUAAGGAUAUUCUAAUACCGGGAGGAAGUUUAUCGAAUGGUACUAAGAGUUAUGUUGGUAGAGUACAAGGGGGAGAUUACACCAUUCCAGGAAGCAUUCGUCUAACUCCCAAUGGAGCUUUUUUGUAUUGUUUAUAUGGCGUUUUCAGCGAGUACCAAGUUCUGAAGCUGAGGGAAGUAUAAUGCUGGAUUCUGUCAGAAUCAUGUCAUUGUUAUAUUAGCCAAUAAAAAGUCCUUCGGAAACUGG